AGUGCAAACUAUAAAAUCCCGGAUUGUACAUUUGGGACUAUUCUAUAAAAUUACAACUAAUUAUGACUGUGAUUCAUGAUGAGUGAAUUUUUCAACAUUUUUCAUCAAUAUAGAUAUUAAUCAUAGAGUUACUCAUUUUCAAUUUUUCAAAGCGCAUUAGAAUUUCCGAAUUGUUGGUUUACUGCUUUAGUUUACCAAAGAAGUAUCCGUUUUGUUCUUGCAUGACAAAGCUGGUGAAAAAAACAGAAAAGAAACCAUGAGUUCUAUAGGAACAGGGUAUGAUUUAUCAGCAUCCCAAUUUUCACCAGAUGGUCGUGUGUUUCAAGUUGAAUAUGCAUUGAAGGCUGUAGAAAAUAGCGGUACUUCAGUCGGUAUCAGAGGAAAAGAUGGGGUUGUGUUUGGAGUAGAAAAACUCGUAACAUCAAAAUUAUACGAAAUUGGAGCAAAUAAAAGAAUCUUCAAUGUUGACAGACAUAUAGGGCUUGCAACAGCGGGACUGAUGGCGGACUCCCGAGCUGUAGUGGAUACAGCUAGAGAGGAGGCCUCUAAUUACAGAUAUAAUUAUGGAUCUCCCAUCCCACUCAAGCACUUAAUAGACCGGGUGUCUGGGUAUGUACAUGCUCACACUCUAUACAGCAGUGUCCGUCCGUUUGGAGUCAGUCUCAUCAUGGGCAGCUACACACCAGAGGAGGGACCACAGAUGUACAUGAUUGAUCCAUCAGGAGUCUCAUGGGGAUUUCAUGGAUGUGCAACAGGGAAAGCUAAACAAGCAGCUAAAACUGAAAUAGAGAAAUUAAAGAUGAAAGAUAUGCCAAUUGCUGACCUAGUGAAAGAAGUUGCAAAAAUAAUUUACAUUGUACAUGACGAAGUGAAAGACAAGAACUUUGAGUUGGAACUUAGCUGGGUUGGUGAAGUCACUGGUGGAAAACAUGAACUUGUUCCACAAAAUGUUUAUGCAGAGGCAGAGAAAUUUGCAAAGGAGGCUCUGGAAGAGUCAGAUGAUUCAGAUGAAGAAGAUCUUUAGAAAUACACUCUGUUUUAUAGACUUAUCACAUUCUAGAACCUCAUAGUAAAUGCCGAAGACCCCAAACUGAAGGAGACUACAAGUGGUCACAUUGGUCUACUUCAUCUUUGAUCAAAUUAUUCAUGCCUGUUAAUAAAUGUCUUUUUUAAAUUAACAAAAUCAUUAUGCUGUU